AUGGACAGGCGUAAGUGGUCAUUGCUUAGCCGCUUAAGGAGGGCAAUCAAGAAGAUUAAGUUCAUACUAAAUCUCGAUAUGAAUCGUUGGCGUCUGGCUUCUGUGAUUGGUGCUGCUUCUUCAAGAAGACGCCAACUUAGCUUUAAUGAUAGACCAGGGUUAAGGGGUUGUGCAGAUAUUGAGGAUACAGAAUCAGAAGACUCGGGUUCUUCAAAGGGGCUACGUAGAACCAUCAGCUAUCCAUCAGAAGAUGAUAUUGAUAAGAGAGCUGAAAUGUUCAUCGAAAAUUUCCGUCGCCAACUUCAGAUUGAGAGGCAGAUUUCUUUGGAGCUCAAAUACUUUCAAGGGUUAAAUAGCUUUAAAUCUAUUUCUCCAUGA